AUGACUGUGCCUAAGGUGACCUCAGAGUCUACUACCUUGAAGCGCUUUCCUCACAUACAUGAUGACCCCUCUACUAUACCCCAUUCCCUGGACCCCUUCACCAUCACAACCUCUACUGGUUUCCUGCCCUAUCAGACCUCCCCUACCACCCUACCUGAGGUCUUCCAGCCUCUAAUGUCUAUCUUGGACCGUAUGUCCGUCGUCAAGCAAGACGGUGUCCCGGGUCUGCUGGCCACAUACGAACUAGGUCCAGUGGUCGAGUCCGAGUUGCCUGACCUGACCGACGAGGUGGACAAGUUGGUCACCGCUGAUGGUCUCCCGGACUUAUUUACCAUCACGGCUCUGUUCAGGGACUAUUCCUUCCUGGCUUCGUCUUAUUUGCUUGAGCCUUGCUGGGAGAACUGGCGCAAGAACCCGGAUGGCGGUUAUGGUCUGGGGAGGGACGUGUUGCCUAAGGCUGUGGCCCGUCCUAUGUAUCGUUGUGCUCAAAUACUGGACAUUCCACCCUUCAUGUCCUAUGCUGCCGCCUACUCCCUCUUCAACUACUACCUUGCCGAACCGUCCAAGGGCUUGACAUACCCUAACCUCCGUCUUGUCCGGGCCUUCGAAGGUGGUCUUGACCCUAAGAGCUCCGAGGCAGGCUUCAUCCUGACCCAUGUCGAUAUGGUCAAGUGGUCUGGUGGCUUGAUCAGCGGUGCUGUCCGGGUUGUGGACACGUUGGAGAAGGCCGGUCCUCGAUCGGAAAUUAAUGAUGGGUUUCGGGAAAUCCUUACGGCGAUGGAGAAGAUUGAAGCGUCCAUGGAAGAUAUGUGGGGUAACUCCAAGCCUCACGAAUACCUCUCCUUCCGCGUCUUCAUCUUCGGCAUUACAAACCAAUCCAUGUUCCCGAAUGGUGUAGUUUACGACGGCGUCCUAGACAACAAACCCCUCUACUUCCGCGGUGAAAGUGGCGCCAACGACAGCAUGAUUCCUCUCCUAGACCACCUCUGCCAAAUUCCCAUGCCCUCGACUCCCCUCACCAAAAUCCUCCACGAAUUCCGUUCUUACCGCCCCCAUCCCCACCGCGACUUCCUCGCGCAUAUUAAUGCCAAAGCAGCGGAAGUGGGUGUGCGCGAGUACGCAGUCAAGGACGUCGAUACUGCGAUCCUUCUUUUGAAGACGCUGGAUCAUGUAAGGAGCUUCCGCUGGCGUCAUUGGCUUUUUGCGAGGGAGUAUAUUAUUCGUAGGACACCGCAUCCUACAGCUACUGGUGGGAGCCCGAUUGUUACGUGGCUUCCGAACCAAUUAUCAGCAGUGAUGGAUCUGAUGAUCUCCAUCUAUGACGAGUAUCUUGCUCCUGCUCUCAAGUCCAACGGGGAGAAGAAUGGACAUGCGCAGAACGAAUUACAUGCGUCUAACGGCAAGCAGGUCGAGCCGAUGAUGGAACAGGUGCGUGACCAGAGGGAGAAGUUAGCUAAGGAGGUUGAGCGGUGGUGUAAGGAGAGGGGUGUUUAG